AAUGGCAUUGAAAAAAGAGAAAGAAGUACUCCAUGACAUUGAAGAGAAAGAUCAAUACGAGAAUCUCCACGAUUUCACAGCUGGGAAAAAAUCUUUCAGGUGUUCACAGACUGAAAAGAUUUCCACACGAAAAAAAGCUCAAAAGACUGGAGCAACUAUAAGUGAUUUCACUUGCUUUCGGUUUGGAAAGAGUUUCAAUCAACAAGGAAACCUUAAAGUCCACAUUGGGGAGACCCCUUUCAGUUGCCAACACUGUGGAAAAGGUUUCACUUAUAAAGGAAGUCUUGACAGGCAUAUAAGAAUUCACACCAGAGAAAAGCCAUACACCUGCCAACACUGUGGAAAAAGUUUCACUCAUAAAGGAAGCUUUGACAGGCACAUAAGAAUUCACACCAGAGAAAAGCCUUACACCUGCCAGCAGUGUGGAAAAAGUUUCUCUCAACAUGGAAACCUUGAAGUCCACAUGAGAAUACACAAUGGAGUGAGUCCCUUCACUUGCGAACAGUGUGGAAAAAGAUUCAGUCAUCAAGGAAGCCUUAGCCACCACAUGAGAAUUCACACCGGAGAGAAGCCUUACACCUGCAAACAGUGUGGACAAAGUUUUACUAAUAAAGGAAGCCUUAACUGGCACAUGACUGUUCACACUGGAGAGAAGCCGUACACAUGCCCUCAGUGUGGAAAGAGCUUCCAUCAGCAUGGAAACCUUCAAGCCCACAUAAGAAUUCACACUGGAGAGAAGCCUUACACCUGCCAACAGUGUGGAAAAAGUUUCACUCAUAAAGGAAGCCUUAACUGGCACAUGAGAAUUCACACCGGAGAAAAGUCUUAGGGUGCUUUCACACCUGGCCCGUUGUUUCAGAACCUAGCGCGUUUCCCACCUUAGCUCGGUUCGUUUGGGCAUAUGUGAACAUGGCAAUCACGCUUGGAUCCGCACCAAAACAAUCGGUCCGAGAUCACCUUAAAGUCCCCAUAAAA